GCGUACCCCUUUUCUUCUUUUGUAGGUAGCGACUAGGCUCUUCCUACACCUGCCUGCGUCGGAGAGAUGCUAGGCCCAUCGUAUACAUAUACGGACACACCCGUGCAGCGCAGCGCAGUGGCUUGAUCAGCUCAGACGACACUACUAGCUAGAUAGCUGUUGCACAACCAAUAGUCUCUCGCAUGGUGGGGAUGAGCGGUGCCUAUGGCGGCCACAAUGGCAGCGAGAGCCGGCAGACCAAGGAAGCCGUGGUAGUCGGGGCGCCGGAGAUGGGGCUGGGGGCCAUGGGAGUGGUGCACAAGGUGGCGCCGCCGCCGGCGCAGAGCACGGCGAGCAAGAUGAAGGGGAAGGUGAAGGAGACCUUCUUCCCGGACGACCCGUUCCGGAGCUUCAAGGGGCAGCCGCAGCGGGCCAAGUUCCUGCUGGCGGUGAAGUACCUGUUCCCGGUGCUGGAGUGGGCGCCAGGCUACUCCUUGUCCCUCUUCAAGUCCGACCUCAUCGCCGGCCUCACCAUUGCCAGCCUCGCCAUCCCUCAGGGCAUUAGCUACGCGAAGCUGGCGAACUUGCCUCCGAUCAUAGGCCUCUAUUCGAGCUUCGUGCCGCCGCUGGUGUACGCGGUGCUGGGCAGCUCCCGGGACCUGGCGGUGGGCCCGGUGUCGAUCGCGUCGCUGAUCAUGGGGUCCAUGCUGCGGCAAGCGGUGAGCCCGUCGGCGGAGCCGACCCUGUUCUUGCAGCUGGCCUUCACCUCCACCCUCUUCGCCGGCGUCGUGCAGGCCUCGCUGGGCAUCCUCAGGCUGGGCUUCAUCAUCGACUUCCUGUCCAAGGCGACACUGGUGGGGUUCAUGGCGGGCGCGGCGGUGAUCGUGUCGCUGCAGCAGCUCAAGGCGCUGCUGGGCAUCGUUCACUUCACCACACAGAUGGGCAUCGUCCCUGUCAUGGCCUCCGUCUUCCAGCACACCAACGAGUGGUCGUGGCAGACGAUCCUGAUGGGGGCCUGCUUCCUGGUGCUCCUGCUCACGGCCAGACAUGUGAGCAUCAGAUGGCCAAAGUUCUUCUGGAUUUCAGCGUGCGCACCCCUGGGAUCCGUCAUCGUAUCCACCCUGCUCGUUUUCCUGUUCAAAGCACAGAACCAUGGCAUCAGCAUCAUUGGGCAGCUCAAGUGUGGCCUGAAUCGCCCCUCAUGGGACAAACUAAUCUUUGACCCGACAUAUCUAGGCCUCACCAUGAAGACUGGCCUCGUCACAGGAAUCAUCUCCCUUACGGAGGGAGUAGCAGUUGGUAGGACGUUUGCUUCACUCAAGGACUACCAGGUGGACGGCAACAAAGAGAUGAUGGCCAUUGGGUUGAUGAACGUUGUAGGCUCAUGUACAUCUUGCUAUGUGACAACAGGAGCAUUUUCUCGUUCUGCUGUGAACCACAAUGCCGGCUGCAAGACCGCCAUGUCAAAUGUGAUCAUGGCACUAACAGUCAUGGUCACACUGUUGUUCCUCAUGCCAUUGUUCGUCUACACCCCGAAUGUUGUUCUCGGAGCAAUCAUAAUUGCUGCCGUCAUUGGCCUGAUCGACCUCCCUGCUGCAUACCACAUCUGGAAGAUGGACAAGAUGGAUUUCCUCGUGUGUUUGUGCGCAUUUGCUGGUGUCAUCUUCAUCUCGGUCCAAGAAGGGCUCGCGAUUGCGGUUGGUAUAUCUAUAUUUAGGGUAUUGAUGCAAAUCACAAGGCCAAGGAUGAUGAUUCAGGGGAACAUUAAGGGAACAGAUAUUUACCGGAACCUCCAUCAGUAUAAGGAAGCUCAAAGAGUUCCUGGAUUCUUGAUACUGACAGUUGAGGCUCCUAUAAACUUUGCAAACACCAACUACCUGAAUGAAAGGACAAAGAGAUGGAUAGAGGAUGAAAGUUCUUCAGGGAAUAAACAAACAGAACUCCAUUUCGUAAUCUUGGACCUAUCAGCUGUCCCUGCAAUUGACACAAGUGGCAUAGCGUUCCUCAUUGACCUAAAGAAAACAACAGAGAAACGUGGUCUAGAGCUUGUACUUGUGAAUCCAACUGGAGAGGUCAUGGAGAAAAUACAACGGGCCAACAAUGCACAAGAUCAUUUCAGACCGGAUUGCCUGUAUUUAACAACUGGGGAAGCAAUCGCUUCACUUUCUGGAUUUGCCAAGAUGGCAACACCUUAGAGUGGUUUUGCCGAAUGUUAUUUUGAUCAUCUGAUCGCAAUGCUAAAUUACCAUUGCCUUCUAAUCAGAAGUCCCUGCAAGAAAGCAGUUCACAAGUUUGUCUGUAGCUAUCUUCAGUGCCAUUCAAAUGUGUGUGAUGGAAAUUAGGUGCUUGAAUGUGAAGUAUGCACAAUAUGUACAUUCUUGGCAACAUGCAUUUCCCGCAAAGUUUUGAACUUCCUUGUUAAGAACUAGAUGAUUUAACUGUAGAAAUUGUAAUUAAAUUCACUUAUUUACUUUCACAUACUUGGUUC